UUUUUUUUUUUUUGUUACAAUGACAACACCGUUAUGGAAAAAAGUUUUAUGGGAACAACUACAAAAGAACAUUCAAAAACAAGGGCUAUCGUCUUGCUUUAUGACAUUAUGUCUUGCCACUCCAAGUGCCAGAACGGUUGUAUUUCGAAGUUUUGCGGGAGAAGAUCAUGCUGAUGAACUUGGAUGGACUAGCAAUUGCCUUGUUGUGACAUCUGACAAACGUUCCAACAAGUUCAAAGAAUUGCAAAACAAUCGAGACUAUGAAGUAUGUUGGUUUAUGCAUGGAACGGGCGAGCAAUAUCGUUUGAAAGGGACCGUGUUUAUAUACCCACAAGAUGAAGCGUCUUCUUUACCUCCAGUCUAUCGACGAUUAUCAUCCUCCGAACAACAAGAUAUCAAGAGUUUAGGUAGUAAAGUAUUCCUCAACAAACAACAAGGUCAAGAUACAUUCGAUUGGGAAGCCGAACGACGACGACACUUUGCCAAUUUGGAUGGUUGGUUACGCGCCACUUUUUCUCCCAAGAAAAUCAGCACAUUGGAUAUUACAGGAUUGGAUGACUCUGGUGAAUGGUUUAUUUCUCCAAAUCAACAAGAUUUGAAUGAUGCCUAUGAAAACUUUUGUUUGAUUAUUCUGACAGUGAAACAAAUGGAUUAUGUAUCUCUCUCUGGCGAACGCAAAUUGUAUACCGAUUAGUUUUUCUUUUUUACAUCAUGAUAUUUUUGAAUAAAGUUUUUUUUUAUGUAUGAAA